AAGUCUUGUACAUGGUGUGUUCCGGUUAGUGCAUAGGGUCAUGAAAAAGCCAUGACAAGUGUACUACUUCCGUCUUCUCCCCCCCAGCGGAUAUAGAGAAAUGACAGCGACUCUGCGCCCGUACCUCAACGCUGUGCGUGCCACGCUGCAGGCCGCCCUCUGUCUGGAGAACUUCUCCUCUCAGGUGGUGGAGCGCCACAACAAGCCAGAGGUGGAGGUCCGGAGCAGUAAAGAGUUGCUGCUGCAGCCAGUCAUCAUCAGUCGUAAUGACAAGGAGAAGGUUCUUAUCGAGGGCUCCAUCAACUCGGUCCGAGUCAGCAUCGCUGUCAAGCAGGCGGAUGAGAUUGAGAAGAUCCUUUGCCAUAAAUUCAUGCGCUUCAUGAUGAUGAGAGCUGAGAACUUCUUCAUCCUGAGGAGGAAACCGGUGGAGGGUUAUGACAUCAGUUUCCUCAUCACCAACUUCCACACGGAGCAGAUGUACAAGCACAAGCUGGUGGACUUCGUCAUCCACUUCAUGGAGGAGAUCGACAAGGAGAUCAGCGAGAUGAAGUUGUCUGUCAACGCCAGGGCCCGUAUCGUCGCAGAGGAGUUCCUAAAAAAUUUCUAAGAAAAUUCCCAAACAUUCCUUACGCUGAUCACGACCGUCAUCAUGGUUUCUGAGGGGUCCGCAUCACAGGACGGAGAGAGGGAGGGGCAAACAUUGUGACCAGUCAUUCGCAAUGGAAAAAAGUAAAGAUGCAUCAGACCAAUGGGAUGUUGCCCUACAUCAUUGAGGUAUCCCUGUGCUCAGAAAUAUUGAUGUUUGUACAUAAUUAAUAUUCACAGCCUCGUUUAAUUUCUGCCUUUUAGAACAAAGCAUUAAAUCAGGGUGGGUCCUUAAAAUAAAAUCCUAAUCAAUAUUAAUGAGCACAGGGAAAUGCAUGGAGAUUUAAGAUAAUUUAAACACUUUUUUUUUAAAAUAUAUAUAUAAAUAUUAUAUUCACAGAAUGUUUUGCUAAAUUUUUGUUACGACACCUGUUUCUUGUCUUAAUACACACAGAGCAGACCCUAUCAUUGAUGGAAAUGAUUGUGAUAAGUGCUGGCAGUGAUUAAUAAAUCCCUUUAUUGUUUGUUUUUUUGCUGUGUUAUUUUACUAUAAUAGUGUAUUGCUUGGACCUGUAUCUUUAUGAUGAGAAAUUUGACAUUGCAUUCAUUAAUCAAACUACACUGCUCAAAAAAAUAAAGGGAACACUUAAACAACACAAUGUAACUCCAAGUCAAUCACACUUCUGUGAAAUCAAACUGUCCACUUAGGAAGCAACACCGAUUGACAAUACAUUUCACAUGCUGUUGUGCAAAUGGAAUAGACAAAAGGUGGAAAUUAUAGGCAAUUAGCAAGACACCCCCAAAAAAGGAGUGAUUCUGCAGGUGGUGACCACAGACCACUUCUCAGUUCCUAUGCUUCCUGGCUGAUGUUUUGGUCACUUUUGAAUGCUGGCGGUGCUUUCACUCUAGUGGUACCACCUGCAGAAUCACUCCUUUUUUGGGGGUGUCUUGCUAAUUGCCUAUAAUUUCCACCUUUUUUCUAUUCCAUUUGCACAACAGUAUGUGAAAUUUAUUGUCAAUCAGUGUUGCUUCCUAAUUGGACAGUUUGAUUUCACAGAAGUGUGAUUGACUUGGAGUUACAUUGUGUUGUUUAAGUGUUCCCUUUAUUUUUUUGAGCAGUGUAUUUACAUACUAUAGAAAUUUGGGUAAAUUUGUGGAUGAAAUGUCAGCUAGCUUGUUGGGACCUGUCAGAUAAAAUGUUUGUUUCUACGUUACAUGCCAUAGUAGAUAUAUUACAACUGUAUGAUGCAUGAGAAUGGCACCUUGUUAGCUACUACAUCAUGAAUACCAUAAAUAUCCUCAACUAUC